GGGCAGGCUGACUUUCCUUAGGACAAAAAGCCUUUUGUCCACGGGAAUAAAUACGGAAGUCCCAGAGGAGCACCCUCCCCAGCCCGUGUGUAGUAAGGUGCACAGCCUCAGCCGCUUCUGGGCAUAAAGCUGCACUGACUUUUUACAGUUGCCCUGGGUGCACCAUCGUCUCGCAAGCAAACCGGAAGGAGGGCACAGUGAGGUGACCUGAAAGAGACCAAGUGUGCUCGCUCUGGCCGAGGAGUCUGGCCGCCGGGUCCUGUUGCUCUCUGUCCUGUAAGUUAAGAGCCGAUGGAGUGGAUAAUUUGAGAGCGGAGGAAGGCAACAAAAGUCAGAACUGCCACUGAGGGCACCGCUGUGGGACAUGGAGGACGUUGGUAACUCUCUGAAUGGCAGUGAUGUCUCGGAACCAGAAAAACCUGAAGCUGGGCUUGACAUGGCUCAGUCGAUCCUGAGCAAGUUCUCUGUGAAAUCCCUAUUCGGGUUUACAAGUAAAUUGGAAUCAGUGACGCCUGAGGAGGAAGAUGCCGUGCUGAAAGCAUUCCGCAGUUUAGUGGCGGAUCCCACGCCUCAGCCUGAUGAUCCCCGGGAAGGCUCAGAUCCGCAGGAGGCAGAGGCUCAGGUUCCACCUGACCUCGGAAAUGAUGGGAAGACUCCAAAGGUGGAGACAGAGACCGAGUCAGAGGGCAGUCAGAGAAAAGCAGAGGCAGGGAUUUCUCUCCCCGGUCAAGAACUUGUUCCACUCACUGCACUGAGUGUGAGCACAGACGAUGUCAUUUUGGUUCGCGGGACCCUGGUGCACACCACCAGUGAUUCUGACUCUGAUGAUGGUGGCCAGGAUCCAGAAGAGGGAGGCAGCACCAAUGGCCCGAAGUCCCCUAGUGUUGUUUUAUCUAAGCCAUCUGAGGAGCCCAAAGACAAGCCAGGUGAUUGUAGGGAGAACAUUGCCACUGGGGAAAGGGAUGUUGCAGAGUGCUCUGCCGAAGGUCCUCCGGGGACUCCACCUGAGAUAGGGAGCAAACCAGAACCUGGCAAUGGUGGUCUUCAGACAGAGCACAGCUCCAGCAAAGGACAAGCCGGAGAAGAUGGUUCCCAAGUUCUACCUGUGGUCACAGACCAGAACUUGAGUGUUGGUGUCACUAAGAGCACCUCUUCUAAAAAAGAAGUCCCUGGAGAGAAGUCAUUCCAGCUUCCUGCUUUUUUUAGUGGGCUUCGUGUGCUUAAGAAGGGGGCUCCAGCCGAGGGUGGGGAGACCAUCACCGAAAUUAAACCAAAGGAUGGAGACCUGGCUUUGCUCAAAUUGACCCAGCCUGUUCAGAAGUCCCUAGCACAGGCAGUGCCACAGACGGUGAAGACUGGGGAGAAAACAAGUGAUCUAAAGGCCACUCCCACUCUCCUGGAGCAGCUCUCCCAGCUACUCAGCAUUGACAUGCCCAGGGCCGAACUGAAGGCAGAAGACCCUGAGCCGCCCAGGGGAGAAGAGAUGGGCUGCAGCGCUACCCAGGAGAGCCAGAGCGGCCCCGGACAAACCCAAACCCAGAGUGGGGAGGUCAAGACAAAGCCACCAGAAACCGCCCUGGAGGCCUUUAAAGCCUUAUUCAUCCGUCCCCCCAAAAAGGGGACCACCGCUGACACCUCUGAGCUGGAAGCUCUCAAGCGCAAGAUGAGGCAUGAGAAGGAGUCCCUACGAGCGGUGUUUGAACGGUCCAAGUCAAGGCCAGUGGAUGGCCCCUCUGAUUCCAAAAGCCCUGACCACAGCCCCACUGAGCAGGACGAUAGGACUCCUGGCAGACUCCAAGCUGUCUGGCCACCCCCAAAGACAAAGGACGCAGAAGAAAAAGUGGGAUUGAAGUACACUGAAGCAGAAUAUCAAGCUGCCAUUUUACACUUGAAGAGGGAGCACAAAGAAGAAAUUGAAAACCUGCAGGCUCAGUUUGAACUUCAGGCCUUUCAUAUCCGGGGUGAGCAUGCAGUGAUAACAGCGAGACUAGAAGAAACCAUAGAAAACCUCAAACACGAGAUAGAACACCGAUGGCGAGGAGGAUGUGAAGAGAUGAGAGAUGCGUGUAUCUCCACCGAUGACGACAACCCUCCAAAGACCUACAGAAAUGUGUGCAUCCAGACAGACAGAGAGACUUUCCUCAAACCCUGCGAAGGUGAAGGCAAGACGACCAGAAGUAACCCAAUAAUACCCAAAAAGCUAACUAUUUCCUCUUUAAGCCAGCUCUCUCCCCCAAAUGACAACAAAGACAUCCCUGCACCGCUGCAGUCUGUGGGAGGCGUCUCACCAAGUCAGCAGAAGACAUCACCUCCCCCUCCCGCACCACCCCUACCAGCAGCCGUCCCUCCCGCUCCUCCCCUCCCACCUGCACUUGGACCUUUGCCACCAGUCCCUCCGCCACCACCUCCGCCACCUCCUCUGCCUCCAAGUGCUGGGCCUCCUCCUCCUCCUCCCCCACCACUUCCUAACUCAGCCGCUAUGCCCAGUAGUGGGGGGCCUCCUCCUGGCCCAACACCCCCAGGACUUGUGCCCCCACCUCCUCCUGGACUCUUCUUUGGAGUCGGCCCUUCUUCUAGCCAGUGUCCUCGGAAGCCAGCCAUUGAGCCCAGUUGUCCUAUGAAGCCUCUGUAUUGGACUAGAAUACAAAUAAGUGAUAAGAGCCAAAACGCUACACCAACGCUAUGGGAUUCCUUGGAAGAACCUGAUAUUCGGGAUACUAGUGAAUUUGAGUAUUUAUUCUCCAAAGACACAACUCAGCAGAAGAAAAAACCUCUGUCAGAGACUUAUGAGAAAAAAAACAAGGUCAAAAAGAUCAUCAAGUUAUUGGAUGGAAAACGAUCUCAAACUGUGGGAAUCUUGAUAUCUAGUUUGCAUUUAGAAAUGAAGGACAUCCAGCAGGCCAUUUUCAACGUGGAUGACUCUGUAGUGGACCUGGAAACUCUGGCAGCCUUGUAUGAAAACAGAGCCCAAGAGGAUGAAUUGAUUAAAAUAAGAAAGUAUUAUGAGACAUCCAAAGAAGAAGAGUUGAAGCUCCUGGAUAAACCUGAGCAAUUUCUACACGAGUUAGCCCAGAUCCCUAAUUUUGCUGAGCGUGCGCAGUGCAUCAUCUUCAGAUCUGUCUUUUCCGAGGGUAUCACCUCCUUGCAUCGAAAGGUAGAGAUCAUCACACGAGCUUCUAAGGGCUUGCUGCACAUGAAGAGUGUGAAGGAUAUUUUAGCUCUCAUUCUGGCUUUUGGAAAUUAUAUGAAUGGAGGAAAUAGGACUCGGGGACAAGCAGAUGGAUACAGCUUAGAAAUUCUGCCCAAACUCAAGGACGUCAAAAGUCGGGAUAAUGGAAUUAAUCUGGUGGACUAUGUCGUGAAAUACUACCUGCGUUACUAUGAUCAGGAAGCAGGAACAGAAAAGAGCGUUUUCCCCCUGCCUGAACCACAAGAUUUCUUUCUGGCUUCCCAAGUCAAGUUUGAAGACCUCAUAAAAGACUUGAGAAAACUGAAGAGGCAACUAGAAGCAAGUGAGAAACAGAUGGCAGUGGUGUGCAAGGAGUCACAGCAGUAUCUCCAGCCUUUCAAGAACAAGCUAGAAGAGUUCUUCCAGAAAGCCAAAAAGGAGCAUAAAAUGGAAGAAAGCCACUUGGAGAAUGCACAGAAAAGUUUCGAAACGACAGUGGGAUAUUUUGGGAUGAAGCCAAAGUCUGGUGAGAAGGACAUCACACCCAACUACGUGUUUAUGGUGUGGUACGAGUUCUGCAGUGACUUCAAGAUGAUCUGGAAACGGGAGAGUAAAAACAUAUCUAAAGAAAGAUUGAAAAUGGCUCAGGAAUCAGUCAGCAAGUUGACAUCAGAGAAGAAAGUGGAGACAAAGAAAAUCAAUCCCACGGCUAGUCUGAAAGAAAGACUGCGUCAGAAGGAAGCCAGUGUGUCCACCAACUGAAACAGACACAUGAAAAUGAUGAUAGCAAGACGAGCAGUACCUUGCGUGGUCCAACACAAAUGCUGCAGGAAGUUCCUGAAAGAUACGUUACUGUUUGUUUUGCUCGUCUCUUCCUGAGGUCAUCUGCAAUGAGCAUCCCGUGCCUUCUUAAAGAAGUCCCUUGUUAAGCCACAGAAACAAUGAAAAUCUGCUUAAGGGAACAUCGCAGGAGUAUUUGAUAAUUGUUUCUUGUAGAGGUCCUAAGUUCACUUUGUUUAAGACCAGAAGAAAUACCAAGAUUUUCCAAUUUUUUAAAAAAGUGGAGAUUUCAAGCUUUCUAGUCCAAGCUUGAUACAUGUAAAUUUGUGACAGAAAAAAAGGAUCUUUUAUGACAGUUGCCUUGAGAGAGUUCAAGCCUUUACACACUGCUGGUUUAAUUAGUAUUCUUAAUUUUGAUCCUAUUGCAGCAAGAGCUUAAAGCAUCGUUCUCGCCAAAAAUGUUGAAACUUACCAAAACUGUUUUUUAAGAAGUCCAAGACUAUGUAUUUCCCAAACAAGAGAAAUGGUUAUUUUCUUGUUGUUGUUCAUGUAACGAAAAGGAGAGAAAAUGGAAUUAUACAUGGGUGGAGAAGGGGUUAAGUAGCCGUAAACUUCAUCCUGGAGAACAAAUUAUGAUAAUGGAAUUGACAUCAGCUGUUAAGUGAGACCCAGUCUUUUGUUUUUAUAUCAGUUCAUUAUGGUUUCCUGAAUCAGCAGGGAUUCUCCACCCCUUCUCCCAGAAGAACCAGUGAUACGUAAGCAGGGACAGACUUGCAGUCAAAGCAACUGCUUGAACAAGUGACCCAGUUACAGAGCACUUUUCACAUUUCAGAACGUUCGUGAAUGACAUGUUGACGUGCAGCUGAGCCCUAUGUCAUGUUCUGGGACUGUGUGUGGCUGGACUGUUCCCUCUAAUCCCAGCAGGCGGUUUCCAGACAGGAGAGCAAAUGCUACUCAUAAUCUUUACCAUGACCUUGACUGACCAGCAUGUGACAAAGGGUGAAGCAGGGGUCUUUGAUGUCUGAAAAAUUAAGGGCAGAAAAAAAGUUUUCUGCAUCCAAAUACAAAGAACGUAAUUAUGUUAAUAUUAAACUUUGAGUAGUAUAUCAUGCAUAGGCAGCUUUUUCAGACCCCGGCAGCUGAUAUGCCCAUUGCCCCUUGAGUAGCAAGGGAAAUUAAUCUAUCUUGUGAGGGCAGAAGAGGGGCUGGGGGUGAAUUGAGAAUGGGAUCAAAGAGUAGCAUUGGGCAUUGAAGGGAGAAAGGUCCGAGCUUGCACCUCCAGUUGGUGGAGGACAGUAUAGAAAAGGACAACAAACUUCAAACCCUUCUCGAUCUGGCUGCGGUGUAUGGCCUGCCCCUUCCCCCAAGAUCUUUCCAGAACCUCUCAACUUGCCAGGUGCCUGAGUUUCUGCCCAGGAAAUGCCUGCCAGUGAUCAGCCCUCUCAGGGACCUCAUAAUAGAUUCAGCUAAUUAAAGCGGCACCAUGUCCUAAUGUCAUGCCCAUCUCGGGAAUCAAGAAUGCCCAGUCAGGAUCAAAUCAAGUCUCUGAAGCCAUAUUCUUGCAGGUGCUACCCACCUUUUCUAACAAUUCAAAAGAAAGGAAUGUAGUAACAUAGAUGGCUUUGUUUUGUUUUUUCAAUUCAAAAUAGAAGGAUGGGACAAGUAAAAUAGAAAAACUAGUAAGGAACUUCCAUGACUGAAAGAAGGUGCUUGUGAGCAAGAAGCUUUUCAUACUGCUUUCUGAUAGUGUUUUGUCAUUUUCACUUAACCGUGAAGAAAACCUAAGGAAUUCAUCGAUUUAAAACAAAUUCCACUUACAGCCAUGCUGGGCUCUGUGACAUUCCUUCUAGUAUUAUCAUUCAAAAGAAAAGGGCCUGUUUUGCCAAUGCCUUGGGAAUCAACUUAGAAUUCAGUGAGACCAACAUAAGUCUAGAUCCUUAUGGUCCUUAUAGACUUGACGGGAGACAGCAGCAGGUGUCUUUCCAUGGAGCCACUGUCAUACAGUUCGGGUCCUGAAGUAGGAUGCUCACAAAUCAAAUCACUGACGAGAAGCAAGACUGUCAUUUUGGCCGCCUAAUCCUGUAAGAACAAGCUCUCAGGGAACCCGUGCUGAAGAAUCAUGGGUGGAAAUAUUUAACUUGAGAGUUAGAUAAAUGUAGCCCAAGUUGGAUUUCAUCCUCAUGGACUGACUAGAAAUUAGUAGUAAAAUAAGCUAUUUCUAAAGAGUGAAAUUUGCCUGCCUCUGUUCAGGAAACCUAAUGAUUUUGUAAGAGUAGUCAAAUAUAUUAAUAGUAUGUCAGUAUAUUAGACACCAGGGCAGGAUUUCCAUUAUUUUCACCCAGUUUGAAUCCUACCAUAUGUAUUUGGAUGCCCCCUCCCAGGUCCACACAUGUACUGGGUUAUUGACCCAGUCUUCAUUUCCAGCUUAGGUUGAUACUCAGUAAAGAUUCACAAGAGUUUCAAGGUGGGCCAUCUAAAACAACCUGGGGACCCUUAAAAUGAUUCCUCUAAAACACAUGUUGAGAUUGUGUUAAAUGCAACAGAUGUCUCUAAAUUUUUUAUGGAGAGGAAGUAGUUGGGGUACCACUUAGCAGCUUAGGCAUAAGAGGCAACCAUGGUUUAAGUGGGUGUUCUAAGCACAGCCUUCCCUGAACGAGAGGGAGAGUGACCAGUAUUGCUUCUCUGUGUUUAACCAGACACUCACUCCUGCCUUACCAGUCACACGCUGAGAAAUCUUAAAUUAGAAACAACAUCUUUUCUUCCUCGCUAAAAUUCAUUAAAUCUGAGGGUACAGUUGGAUAGCAAUUCAGAUUCUUGCAUCAUCUGUGAGCACACAAGUAUGCCAUAUAUUACACCAGAGCAUGAUAUAAACAUGUUAGGUUAAAAAAAACAGCAGACCUGCGAGGUUUCAAAAAUCGGGUUAGAAGAUGGUGUGCUGUAUGGCUUUUAACCCAAGAAGAGGCAACUUACCGGGGGGAGAAAAAAGGGGAAAGUGUGGCCAAGCAGAAAUGGAUGACUCUGAUGGUGGAGCCCCCAUGGUCACAGGUGAUGGAUCUGUUGCCCAACAGUUGCCCUUUGAAUACUUGAGUUGACGUCCAUGAUGUCUCUUGAAAUACUUGCCACAACUAUCUGGGAAUUAUGGAGGAAGAAUUUCUGAAAUCUGAAACGUACAGUAAGGAAACACAGUAUUGCUAUUACACCUUGAAAUGUUGUAGCCAAAACAAAUUGGCCCCCUGGUUGAGGAAUUGAAUGUCAGAUUGGGUGCCCCCCAACCCCUGCAGUGAGGACAGUAGAAGCUGCACACCACCUGAGCCCUCCCUCAGGCAGCCCCUUUGUCCAUGAGUACCGUAAGGAAAGGAGUUUCCUAAAUGAAAAGCUCAUACACUGCAACUGGAGAAACUGAAGGAAGAAAUAAAACUCUUUGGUGAUAUUGGGAUCCUCCACAAAGAUAGCUGUCAGUACGGUUUCUCAAAGACCAGGAUCGGAUGUGGCAGAAGAGGUGUAAGUGUAUUUUUGCACAUCUCUCCAUAGAUUAUACUGCCUGCAAUGGGGGAAUUUUUGUUUUAACUACAUUCUGGCUUUCCUGAAUGUUAUGUUUUCUCAUUUCUAUUUCUUCUUCUCCCUUGCCUGGUGUUGUGAAUGCGGAUCACUGCCUGCGCAGCACAGGAAACAACACCUAGUCAGCGUGUGAAGGGCAAUCAGCCACGCAGACCUGCAGUCUCGUUCCCAGUAACCAGACUGUAACGUUGGCAGGGGAGCCUCUUCAUUCCCUGACAUCCUAAACUGGUCUAUUUUGUCAUACUCUCCCCUCCCCGAAACAAAGGUAAAAUCAAUUUAGGGCUUUCUGAGUUAAGGAGAGGAAAGAAGUCCAAAAAAUAGCUUUUCCCCAAAAAUAUCUGAUCCAAAUAUCAAAUAUAUGACUUUAUAAAGUAGGUUAAGUUGUCUUUAAGAAUUACCAGGAAGAACUCUUAGAUUUGAGCUUCAUUUUUCUUUGAUCCUGCCUAUUCUAAUCAGAAAAAAAAAAAAAAAAGAAAGAAAGAAAGAAAAGGCCAAGAGCUAGAACGGAAAAUAAAAAGCAUCAACAGAUUUGGAAACCCACAAAUUAGUCUAUUAGUUCCUGACUCACAAAAAUCGACAUACUGAGAAAUCUAAUGAGUUUAUUUUUGAAUAGUUUUUAGCCUUUCCAAAAUGCAAAUAACUUGUUGGAUAUAUUUCCAUUUUCCAGCUGUAGAGAAACACAAUCCAACUGUUUGGAACCUUCUCUAUUAUUGGUGCAGAAGUCACUUAAAGAAAAGCACCUUGGGAAACAUGCCUCAGCAUAUCUGACUCCUUUAGACUCACUCACAUACCAGUAUUUAUAAUUCCAUUAGCAAUUGAAUCCAGGCAUAACUAGGCUCUAUUACAUAGCUGUAUGUGACUGAGAGGUCCAUUUUGUGUCAUUUCUGCACACCCAUCAGUUGUUGACACCUUGUUAGAAGCACUGAAUGUUAAUUUCACAAUUCUUCAUUUCCCUUCCCAAGGAAUGGGCAAUCUACCAAACCCUCCAGAGCAACGCUUUGUUGGGCACUAGUGAAUUCAAGAAAGUUUUAACAUGUAAAACUUGAAGCCAAUUCAGUAGUCUUAUUUGUUCCAAGACUUUUAACCAACACCGUGAUAUAAACUUAGCAUGUGGGAAAUUUGUGUAGUUGAAAACGUACUUGGAAAUGUGAAGAUGUUAAAAUGGCAGCUAGCUUACUUGGUUUCUUAAGUCCGCAUGCAGUUUCUACCAACAAAGAGAUUGGGAAGUAAAUCAAGCCCCAGUCAAUAGGUUGGCUGCCCCCAAAUGAACCUUACUGGAUUCACUCCCCUUUUAACCCCAGCCCCUCUUCCAACCCCUACCCCCCACACACACUGUGGUAGAAAAUUACACAGAGGACCCUUUCCUUCUCGUCCUCCUUUCUCUGAUGGUUCACUUCAGACAUGGUUCAAAUGAACUCCAGUCUUUAUUGCAUAUUACAUCUAUGAAGUACUUGUUCAUGAAUUUCUUCUCCAUUCUAUGAUCUGGGAAAGACUGACUUAAUGUAAGAUUUUUAUAUGGAAGUGGUAGCUAAAGCCAUUAAUUUAUUCUUCUACAUUCCACCUAUGUUCAUAUAAUUUUCUAUUUUUAAAAAAUCUUAAUAUUAAGAAUGUCUAGUCUGUCUCCCUUUCUAAAAGUUUAUUCGGAUACUUCUGGGGGCUAAUUUAUUUUUUAUGUUUUAUGUGAAAUUUGAUAGCAUUAGACUAGCAAAAUGCAAAUGAGUCCAUCGUUUCCAGCAGAAAUUCACCUCCAAAGAACUUGAAUUCUUCUCCAUGGAAUCAACAACCUUCUACCAAUCUAGGUUGUUUUAUAGGCUGAGCAUUUCCCUAAAUUCUACCCAUGCAAACCCCAAGGGGCUCUCUGUCUUUGACACUGUGAAAAUGCCUUAAAGGAGAAUGAAUAUCUCUCCCCAUAUAUAGCGUGAGCUGCCAGUGCGUUGUACUUAGCACCUCAACUAAGAGUGUUUUCAGCGUGCGUUCACAGUGGGUCGUCAACAUCUUGGGCAAAGCUGUAGCUACUUUCUUUCAUUGUUCUCUUUCAGGGCUUGCUUCCAUUCUUGUCAUGAAACAGCUAUAUUUUUGUUUAUUCAUCUGGGUCAGCUUUCCAAAAUAAAAGGCUAGUUCCAUAGACUACUGAGCAUACAGGUGAAUUACUCUCUACCUCCCCAUAUGUGGAGGGACAAUAGAUAUAUUCAGGAAGGAAAAACUCUCUGGGAACUCUUGGGAUGAAUUUUGGAUUCCAGAUUUUUUUCUAUGAGAUAUAUAAAAAUAGGUAUACUCAUAUAGCAUAAAAAACUUAGGCUACUCUUCCCAAUAAGAGAAUAGAAGGAAAUUCAUGUUCUUUACAUUUUAGAUAGGUUUGAGCUCAUUUUUUUUCCUUUCUUCUUGGCAGUUUUUCCCUAGCUAUAAUUUAAUUUCUUCACACCUGACCACCAAGACAUAAGAAAGGUGGUCUCAGCCCCACUGAGACUGCACUCGGCAUAGUCCUCCAAAGACAUCCAUUUCCUUUGGAAACAAAUCCAUGAGUGAGGGGGAAAGUCUAGCGACACAUCUUCUGUCUGCCCAGGGUGACACACGUAGGAUUUUUAGGUCUACUAGAGGAAUAGGUCUACUCCAAGUUAUUAAUUUUAUAAUUCUGCAAUUCUUCAAUUUAUCAAGACACAAAUAAUAUUACCCUAAAAGGACGUGUAAUCUUCAAAGAAUAUAAGCAUUAAAAAAACGACAUCUCUUUAAAGAUACAACUAAGAUACUCCUACAAAUGCAAAAACUUUUAAAAUUAGAGCUUGAAUAAUUUUUAAGACUCUUUAAAGCAAACGUCAUUGAUUCAUUAUAGUCUUCCUUUCAUUGAGUUUUAAUUUAGACUAGUGCGGGAAGCAGCGUGCCCCUGGACUUUGAUUUAGGGAAUCGUGCUUUGGCCUGGAAAAUCAGCACUGGACUGCGUGCCCAGAACCUAAGUGAAAUCAGUCAGCAUCCUAAUAGGAAUCAGGCCUGACGGAAAUGUAAAUUAUCUCAAGUCCUUUAAGGUUUAAUAUUCUUAGCAACACUCUGGACUCUGGACACUGCUUCCUAAAAUGCAUUUGCCCCGUGCAGUUAGGUGUCUUCAUUCUGCCUUGUGUGAUUGCAAGCCAUGGGAUGAGGGAGACAAGUGAAGGACAAGAAGAAGGACAAUUUGAACAAAGCCGUGGUGCAACAUUUGGCUGAUGUAACGCUUCAUUAGGGAGCUGGUGAUUUUUGUGCCAUGGUUGUGUCAUGGGUGGCCUUUCAAUGGAAAUUCCAUGAAUCUGGAUAAGGCAAAAACUGGGAGUGCCCAGUAUCUCAUAGUGGUCAGUGCCUGACAGCGUGCUGGAAAAGCAGGUACCCUCAUGUAACUGGCCUAUGCUUGCUGAAAUAACACCAUUAAAUUACAGGCUCAUUUCCAUAGGGUCGGUUGUCAUUGGGCCUUCCUGUUUUGUCUAUGCCUGCCCAAAAGUCAUUUUGGCAUCUAGCUUCAUUUCACUUCGCUCCUUUGCAUACCACUGCUUCCGCUUCCCCUUCUUUCACACCCUGCAGCUGUUUUUUUUUUCUCACUUUACCAGUACAGUUUCUCCAGGACACAGCUCUUUUCACCCCUCUCUCUCACAGACAGCCGCAUGUCUCCCUGAGCCCUCACUCUCUCCUCUCACACCUUAUGCUCCGUUUCCCAGCCCUUUGGACAGGGCACUGUGCUGUCACCGACUGAGACACACUGCUGUGACUGCUUCUUGCUAAUGUCAGCGUCACCUCAUCACUUAGGCAAAGAGGGGAAAAUCCAUAAAAGAAAUGGAAAAUGCAUUUCGUUUUCAUUUUAUUCUACUUUAUUUUAAGAAGGCUGAGGGGAGGUUUGUUCUCGUCCUUGAUUUCUCAUCGAUUUUACUUUAAAACUGUCUAACUGGGACCAUUCUUUUGAUAAAUUAUAGAUCAGGGCAGGUCACCCGCUAUGAGACAUAAGACUGAAUUUUUGAAGCACAAAGUAACUUUUCUGUGCUGCUGGACAAAUUGACUUAAUUCUGUGUAAAUAUUUUGAAUCAUAGGCUUUUUAUUUCCACUCCAUUCUUACUACUACUCAUGAUUCAAAUAUCUACAUGAAUCAGGAUCAGAACGUUGACAAUUUGUGGUUGUGUUCAGAUCAACAGUAACUGCUAGACUCUUAAAAGCAUGUAAAAAGAAAGUAUAAGCGUGUCCCAAAUAAUGAACAAUUGGAUGUUCAAAAGCGCUGGCUUUUCUGUUCAAGUAUAUUGGACCAAUCUGUAGGUGUAACCUUCUUAAAGGAUUUUCCGCAAAAAUGAAGGUAGUUUGAGAAAUGAGAAGGCACUUUAAAGACAUGAAACCUUACCUUACAUGGAUAUUUUUUAAUGUAAUAAGAUAAUUGGAUUCAGGUAUUUUUUUCCCUUUAAAUUUUUAAAAAUAUGUAUUUCUAAUUUGUUGGCAUAAUUAAUUCUGUCAAAGCUGGAAAUACUCAUUGUUUGAAUUUGUAAAUGUUAUUUGCAACCAAAUGAAGUAUUUAUUUUUAAAAAGAAAAGGUGAAGGAACCAAUAUUGAUUUGUACAUAAUGAAAGUGUGUGUGUGUGUGUGUGUGUGUGUGUGUCCUCCUUGACACUACUUGGUCACUACAUCAAGUGUAUUUUUGUAUAUAAUAUAUAUUGGUUAGAAAAUGUAGAUUGUCUAUUCAAAGAAUUCUAUCUCUGUGAUAGAUUAUAUUUAUCCUAAUCUGUUGAUACCUCUGUUAAUUUGUUUCAAGAGAUAGAACUCUAUUUUUUUGGAAUUUGCAUUCAUGGCUUCCAAUUGUAAGUAUGCUAUGGGUAUUUUAAUAAA